AAGAGAAAGAGAGAGGGGGUGGCUGGAGGAGAGAAUGGGAGGGUAAGCAGCUGCUACCCAGUCAAUUUUCAAACCAGUCACUGCCUCUUGAUUAUACACACGUUUUGUGUUGCCCGGCGGAGCAUAUCAACCGGACAACAAAGGACACUGCCACCAUCCUAACUGCGACAAGCCCGCUGAACUCCAGCGUUUUCUUUUCGCAUCUGCCUGGAAGUAGCGCAUCAGCUCAGACUGGAGGUCACAGUGACAGAAGCGUUAAUUGCUCGCGUUGACAGUACAGCCGUACUCGUCAGCUUAGGCAGCGAAAUGGAGCUGGAGCAUUUCGACGAUCGGGACAAAGGUCAGAGGCACGGCCGGUCCAACGCUAAGAUGAACGGGGUGCCUAGCCCCACGCACAGCGCCCACUGCAGCCUGUACCGGACCAGGACCCUGAAGACUCUGAGUGCCGAGAAGAGGGCCAAGAAAGUUCGCUUCUACCGCAACGGGGACCGCUACUUCAACGGGAUUGUGUACGCCAUCUCCUCAGAUAGGUUCCGGACCUUUGACGCGCUGCUGGCCGACCUGACCCGCUCUUUGUCCGACAACGUCAACUUGCCUCAGGGGGUCCGAACUAUCUACACCCUGGACGGCAAGAAGAUCGCUAGUAUUGAUCAGCUGGUAGAAGGUGAAAGCUACGUCUGCAGCUCCAUUGAGGCCUACAAAAAGCUGGAUUACACAAAAAACGUAAACCCCAACUGGUCAGUGAAUGUCAAGGCCUCGUCCUCUUCAUCCCGUGGGCCUCCGUCCCUGAGCUGUGCCAAAGCUUGUGCCUCAGACGGCCGCGAAGGCAAGGACUUCAUCCGUCCAAAGCUAGUAACGGUGGUUCGAAGUGGAGUUAAGCCCCGCAAAGCCGUGAGGAUCUUGCUGAAUAAGAAAACGGCACACUCCUAUGAGCAGGUUCUAACCGAUAUCACUGAUGCCAUCAAGCUCGACUCUGGGGUGGUGAAGAAAAUCUACACGUUGGAGGGCAAACUGGUUGCAUGCCUGCAGGACUUCUUUGGUGAGGAGGAUAUUUUUGUGGCCUGUGGACCAGAGAAGUUCCGCUACCAUGACGACCUGAUGUUGGAUGAGAGUGGUAAGGGAAAAGAGUGCCGCAUGAUGAAGUCAGUGACCUAUGGCAAGAUGUCAGGCUCUCUCAACCGAUGCUCUCCCAGGACUGUGAUCCAAUCACAUCGCAGCAAGUCCCCAGCUUCUGUGAACGGGACGCCGGCCAGUCAGCAGUCCACUCCUCAUUCGGGGAAAUCUCCCACCCCCUCCCCGACCAGCCCAGGCAGCCUCAGCAGACGCCAGGGGUCACUGGGUUCCUCCACCUCUUUGUCUUCCGCCCAGGUUUCCAGCCCAGGAGAAGACAACAAUGACGUCAAUCCUGAAGCUGAGAUUCUCCAGGACGAAGUUCCUGCUGUGCCGUCCUACAUAUCGGACCGCUACAGGGUGGGCCGGAUGCUGGGCGACGGGAACUUUGCAGUUGUGCGCGAAUGCGUGGAGCUUUCUACAGGAAGGGAGUACGCUCUGAAGAUCAUCAACAAGGGCAAAUGCAGAGGCAAGGAACACAUGAUUCAGAACGAGGUGGCCAUCCUCCGCAGGGUCAAGCACCCAAAUAUUGUUUUACUCAUUGAGGAAGUGGACACUUAUAAUGAGCUUUACCUGGUCAUGGAACUGGUCAAGGGGGGAGAUCUGUUCGACGCCAUCACCUCUGCCAACAGAUACACGGAGAGGGAUGCCAGUGGGAUGCUCUACAAUCUGGCCAACGCCAUCAAAUACCUCCACAGCCUCAACAUCGUGCACAGAGACAUCAAACCAGAAAACCUGCUGGUGUAUGAACACGCAGAUGGCAGCAAAAGUCUGAAACUGGGAGACUUUGGUUUGGCGACGGUGGUGGAUGGUCCCCUCUACACGGUCUGCGGGACACCAACAUAUGUAGCACCUGAAAUUAUUGCAGAGACAGGGUACGGCCUUAAGGUGGACAUCUGGGCAGCUGGAGUCAUCACCUACAUCCUACUGUGUGGUUUCCCACCUUUUCGAGGGAGCAGUGAGGAUCAAGAAGCCCUUUUUGACCAGAUACUGAUGGGGCAGCUUGAAUUUCCUCUUCCGUACUGGGACAACGUGUCAGAGACAGCGAAGGAUCUGAUCCGGUCCAUGCUGGAGGUGGAGGUGGACCAGAGAUACACUGCCCUGCAGGUGCUGGAGCAUCCUUGGGUUACUAAUGAGGGUCUGUGUGAAAACGAACACCAGCUGUCUGUAGCAGGAAAGAUAAAGAAGCACUUCAACACCGGGCCCAAGGUCAACGACACCAACGCGGGGGUGUCAGUCAUUUCUCUGGAUGACAGCUUUUCUAUGCAGCGAUCUGGGUCGUUGGAUUUCUACCAGCACCCGGCUAUGUACUGGAUAAGGUACGCCAGGUUUCCAUGGAGAUGUGGAAAAUGCCACAAAGUGGUCAGAAUUCAAAACAAGCUAAAAUAGUGUCUGUGAAAUUGAUGGCCUCAGUCCCAUCCAUCGCUGAGUGCUCCCCCGCUGGUUGGCUGCUGCUGCUGUGCUGCUAUUUCAGCAUGAUUUGGUGUUUGUACUCGGCUUUUUGCUUCUUCCCUUUCAUCCUCCCCUCGGUCUGGACGCACAUUUCACACCUGCUUUACCUGCACCGUCCUGUGUUGUGUUCAUUUAUUUGUGUCGCCUGGAGCAAAGCUGCAUCUUUGAUGGAAAACGUCAAAAAUGAGUGUCACAGUGAUUUCUUCAGAGAAUGUUUUUUGUGAAUCCCGCCUCUUCAAACAAAUGCUGUUGUUCUCUGUUUGCUUCUUUAAAUUCCCGUGGUUUCACUCUUGCGUGCAUGAAUAUGUUGAUCGUUAUUGAUGUGUGUUGCUUCCAACCCAGCUCAAUCCUUUAAGAACUGGCCUUGCUCUUCAGCUUCCCUUUCCUGACUUCUGUUGUCCGGCACAACCACUGGCAUAUGAACGACCUUGAAAAUCGCAGCUUUUUGACACACCAGUGGCAAGAGGAAUUGACGACACACAUGAA